CAGAAGAGGAGAGAAAGGGGCAGCAGAAGGAGGCCUCAGCGGGGCAAAAGGGCAGAAAAACAGCGCUCUGCCGCCGAGUCCUCGCCCUGCUCUUGAGUUUUUCGGUCGAUUAAGGCGAGGAGACGUCGUCUGGAGCGCAGUCAAGGCCGCUGUGUCGGUAUAUCGAUUGUUCUGAUCGGAUCUGAUCACGUCUGAUCAGAAUAAGAGCCUGGAAACUCUUUGUGCUCCUCCAAGCUUGGACUGGGUUGCCUAAAUGUGUCUGGAUUGACCUCCUCCAGCCCUUUCCCACCCUCUCUGCCCUGGCCGAGGAUUUCAAAACGUGUGGAGGAAACUCCGCAUUUUACCUAAGGCUUUAGGCCUUUGCUUCACAGAAAGCUUUCGGCUGCUUUUCCCACUCCAGAGCCGCCGGGAUCCGGAUAGAGAGCAAGCAAGGAGAGGGGGGGAGAGAGAGAGAGAGAGAGAGAGAGAGAGAGGAGGAGGACAGAAAGAAGAGAAAGAGAGGAGGAGGAGAGGAGUGUUACAGAGAGGCCGCUGUCUCUGGAAUGCCUUGCUCACAAUGCAGCCGCUGAGCAACGAGUCCUCUUCAGGAGCCCAGGAGGGCCGUGAUUGGCCGCUGGCCUUGUCUGGGUGGAGCUCGAGGUUAGACUUUACCUCUUCACUGGAUUGCUCAACAAGACCCCCACUCCACUGACACUCCGCCCCUUGGCCUUUGUUCUCUGCCUGUGUGGGAAUGCUGUUGGUGGACUGGUGGGACAGCGUUGGAGAUGGCCAAACUUGGGGCCUAGGGUCAGGGUCAAAGGGCAGGGGUCAACACUGUGGAGUUCACAGGUGGAUGUGGACGAGCCUAAGUUCAGCAGAGGAAGAGCAGGCGCACGUGCUGUGCAAGGCAUUAUGGGAGACAUAGUGCCUGUAUCCUAGAGUGGACCUCUGGGAUCUGAAAUCUUCCAGAUUCAGAGCCUGUAUUUCACCACCGGCUCAGUUUUACUGUCGAGAACUCCGCAGAACUUUCUAGAACUUUUUAAAAGAAUAAAUUGUUGCACAACUUAUAAAUUUUUUUUUAAAACGAUCAGAGUGAAAAAGGCAGCAUGCGCCACAUCCACGUGGAGCUGGUGCGGAAGGAGCCGGCCCAGGCCGGAGGAGACCCCGGGCUGCAGGGGGCGGGGCCAAGGCCCUUCAGCCAGGAGGAGCUGCGGCUGCAGAAGGUCUACCAGCUGUCCAUCUUCUCCCAGAGGGGGGGCUUCUCUGAGGGCCGAGCGUCGCUCAGGCCGGGCAUAAAGCGCCCCCUGCAGGACGAGGAGGACGACAAUGAUGAAGAAGAAGACUUGGAGGGGGAGGUGCUGUGUGGCGCCAGUCCCGGGUCAGAUGUGCACUUUUUACGAGACUCAGAGACACCCCGAUCUCCACGGUCGCCACGGUCACCACGGUCGCCCCCUCUCUCUCCCACUCAUACACACACUCCCCCAGUACCAGGCCGAAGACCCACCCAGCGUAACCUUGACCGCCCCGUCCCUGAUGCUUGCACCCCCCUGUCCCCAAAAUCGCCCCCCAUGCUGGACCCCCACUCUCCCCGGGGCAGCCGUCUGUGUCACAGACGUGGUCCUCUGGAAGAGGCACAGCAGGGCAACGUGGCCCAAAAGCGCCCCCUUCAGGAUGAGGAGGUGGCGGAUGAUGAGGAAUGCGAUGGAGAGGUCUCAAGAGAUUUUGAGAUGCCCCGGUCGCCGCGGUCACCAUCCCUCUCUCCCACACACGCACCCCCAGUGCCAGGCCGAAGACUCACCCAGCGUAAUCUUGACCGCCCCGUACUGGACGCUUUCGCCCCACUUUCGCCCAAAUCAUCCCCCAUGCUGGAACCCCAGGCCCUGCCUCACUCAUUUUCACCUUGGGGCAUUAGCGAGGGCAGCCCACCACCCGCUGCUCCACGGACUGAGGCGUCCACAGCAGGAGAUGACCCACCCUGGUCUGUGGAUGGGUCCAGAGAGGAGGGCUGCAGUAACUAUGACCAGCCAGGAGAGGUACCAAUGAGCACUUCCUGCACUCUAGAGCUCCAGGGACCUUCACGACCUCGGCUGACCCCAGCCGAGGCCGUCCAGUGGGGGGCGAGUCUUGAGUCUUCCCCGCCUCCUCCGGACAGGAGGGCUCACCCCUCCUCACCUCCCUCCUGGUCUAAUGGCACGAGUCCGACAGAUAGAGAGAAAAGCCCCUCUGAGACCCCUCGGGCCGUCCUGGGGGUGAAGAAGAAGCUGCUGUCCUCCAGCGAUACAGGAGAUUCGUGUUCGGAGGACGAAGGCCCAUCCACGUCGAAGCGAAGCCGCCUGGCCCUGCUGACACCCGGCCUGGGGCUCGCUGCCGGACGCAGCACCGACUCCAAGGCCGCCCCCUACUGGACACAUCUGCUGCCCACAGCAAGAGAGCAGGGCAAGAGCCCCUCGGAGUGCUCCCGCUCGUCCAGGAGACUGAAGGCCGGUUCUCGUCUCAAAUCUCGUCAGCUGCGCAGCGGCCGUCGGACGGACACCAGCCGCUCCUGCUCCAGCUCCUCCCUGGCCUCCAUCAGCAGAGCUCUGCUGGGAAACUUCGAGGAAUCGAUCCUGAAAGGCCGUUUCUCUCCCUCGGGCAGGAUCGAGGGCUUCACGGCUGAAAUCGGAGCCAGCGGCUCGUACUGCCCUCAACACGCCACUUUACCUGUGCAGGUGACCUACUACGACACGUCGGAGCACAGCGCCCCCUCGCCUUUCCUGGGUGUGAUCUCUCUGGAGCCGCUGGGAAAGAAAGGAUACAGCGUACCCAAAGCAGGGACCAUUCAAGUGACCUUAUUCAACCCCAAUAAAACUGUGGUGAAGAUGUUCCUGGUGACCUAUAACUUCGGGGACAUGCCUGUCAAUCACAUGACCUUCCUGCGUCAUCGCAUCUUCCUGGUGCCCGUGGAGGAAGGGGAGGGGUCGGGGGAGGGGCCAGAGAGCUCUGCCUCCGACAGGAAGAAGAUUCUUUGCUACCUGAUGCACCUGAGAUUCCAGAGCUCCAAAUCUGGAAAAAUUUACUUGCACAAUGAUAUCCGGCUGCUAUUCUCCCGCAAAUCCAUUGAGGUGGACACGGGGAUUCCUUAUGAGUUGAAAUCUUUCACCGAGGUGCCAAGAAACCCCAAAUACUCUCCCCGAGUGUGACAACCCCCCUCCCCAGCCCCACCUCCCAAAAAAAAAAAAAAAAGCCCAUGAUGCAAAAAGAGAGGUGGGC